AUGAUCAAAUUAGUUUUUAAAAUCAAAACUACUUACCAAGCUGAACAGUUUUCAAGAAACAAGAUACGUAUUGAUUCUGAAUUAUAUGAAUUUUGUUCAAAAUAUGGAAUCGUGAAACAAUUGAAAAAUGAAACAGAUUAUUAUUUGGUUCAAUUUGACGAUUAUGAUUCGUGCGAUUAUUUAAUAAUAGACAAUUACUACAAACAAUUUCAGCUGUUGAAUUUAGAUAUAGAAAUUGUUAGAAUGUAUGAUGAUGAAAUAGAUUAUCAACGUGAAUAUGAACGACAAAUGAAGCACAAAAAUGAACAUCAUUAUGAAAAUAGAUAUUGA